CCUCCGAUAAAAAAGAAGCCUCAAUUCGAUUGUCUGAAGUUCUCCAUCUUCUCCAUCAAAACUCCCUCUCUCUCUCUCUCUCUAACAAUUAGCCCUAAAUUCCCCCAAAACAAAACCCCAUUUCUUCUCUUAAACCCUUCUUCACAGAAUCCUUCAAUUCUCUGAAAUACUCUCUACUAUGGCUUCCCAUUCCCCUAAUCUCGAGUGUCGGAUGUACGAAGCCAAGUACCCCGAGGUCGACAUGGCCGUCAUGAUCCAGGUCAAGAACAUUGCUGACAUGGGCGCUUACGUCUCUCUUCUCGAGUACAACAACAUAGAGGGUAUGAUUCUCUUCUCCGAGCUCUCUCGCCGUCGUAUUCGUAGUGUCAGCAGCUUAAUUAGGGUCGGUCGAAUCGAGCCCGUCAUGGUCCUCAGGGUCGAUAAGGAGAAGGGGUAUAUUGAUUUGAGUAAGAGGAGGGUUUCUGAGGAGGAUAUUCAGGCAUGUGAGGAGAGGUAUAACAAGAGCAAGCUUGUUCACUCUAUAAUGCGCCAUGUUGCUGAGACUGAAAAUAUUGAUUUGGAGGACUUGUAUAUCCAUGUUGGCUGGCCUCUAUACCGGAAAUAUGGUCAUGCUUUUGAGGCAUUCAAGGUUAUUGUAACUGAUCCUGAUACGGUGUUGAAUUCUCUCACCCGUGAAGUCAAGGAAGCUGGUCCUGAUGGACAAGAGGUAACUAAGGUAGUUCCCGCAAUGUCUGAGGAUGUAAAAGAUGCGCUAAUUAAAAAUAUUAGAAGAAGAAUGACUCCUCAACCCUUGAAGGUUCGGGCUGAUAUUGAGAUGAAGUGUUUCCAGUUUGACGGUGUUCUUCACAUUAAGGAAGCAAUGCGGAAAGCUGAGGCUGCUGGGAAUGAUGAUUGUCCUGUUAAGAUUAAAUUGGUUGCUCCUCCACUCUAUGUUCUUACGACCCAGACACUUGACAAGGAGCAAGGAAUCACUGUUCUUGAAAAAGCAAUCACGGCCUGCACGGAGGCAAUCGAGCAUCACAAGGGAAAGCUUGUAGUGAAGGAGGCACCUAGAGCGGUGAGUGAAAGAGACGACAAAUUACUUGCUGAGCACAUGGCGAAGCUACGACAAGACAAUGAAGAGAUUAGUGGCGAUGAGGAUAGUGAGGAAGAGGAAGACACGGGAAUGGGAGAAGUCGAUGUCGAAAAUGCAGGUUCUGGGAUCACCGAGUAAAGAUAGUUGCAGGAAUCAUUUGCCCUUGUAAGUUGAAGAAGGUCUGUAGUUCUGAGAGCUGUUCAAUUCUUUCUUGACACAAUUUUGAGAAAAAUCCCUUUUUUUUUUGAGGUAAGACACCUAUAAUACUUGAGUUAUUACAAUUGGGUAAAUUGGAAAGUCUGUGUAUUGCUCUUAUUUAAUGGUUUUUUUCUUGAUAUUCAAUGAUUAAGCUUUGUGGAAGUCUUUGUUCAACA